AACAAACCGGCGCUGUGUCGAGUUUCUUGGCAAAGUCGACUCGUACCAUUCACAGCUGUCGGGUCUUAUCUUGCCUGCUUUGGUUUCUACUCGCUAUUCCUGCUCUUUUGCUUGUUCAACUGCUUUUGUUGUUCAUGCAGUGAAUAUCUAUAUAUCUUAUACAUCCUGUAUGCUCUUUGAAAUAUAAAUACUCAGUAGAGAACAACGGUAUAGUCCACAACCGGUACUAUCGGCUACCUGGCCCGCCAUAUCAUCGUCUGCUUCGGCCACUUCACAGGCCACCAGCAUCGUCCUUCCUUCCUCCUCUGCAAUAAUAUUUGAUAGCAAUAAUACUUAUCGUAUGACUGCUUACGACGCAUUUAUCUCACAGUCAUUUUAUUAGAAUUUUACUUGCAGAAUUUCUCACGUCCGAGCUUCUGGUCCCGCCUUUUAUCAAUGCACUUUUGGUCUUGCCCUGCGCGCUGCGCACUGUGCACUUGUCCCUUGAACCGGCUUGCUCUUUCUAUAUCCUCUCUGACUAUUAUCUCUGAAGUACUACUGCCUUGACAGGUAUUUCCUCCAAGAGCAUUAAAACCAUCACCGAUAUCUCGAGAGUAAGUAGAGCACCAAAAACAAUGGGUCGUGCUCAGACUAACCUAUCCAUGUAUCUAAUUGUCAAAAAUCCACAGACCAACCGACCCACAUCCCCACCGCUCAACCAGCUCUGUGCUUUUUUCGUGCUUUUUCACCGGAUGUCUAAGCGUCGUCGUCGUCUGUGUCUGUGUAAAACCAACGAGCACAGGCAGAAUGAAAAUCCUGUUUAGAUAAGCUGGGAAUAAGUGCUUGUUUAGGCGGUUCUGUUCUGCGGGUUGCGGUUUGUUCUGCUGAAGCUGAAGGUGAGGUUGAUGCUCUUGAGAUUGAAAUGAAGGAGUUGUGUGGCAUUAAUGUUGGCUAUUUCCGCUUUCGCAUAUAUUUCCGAUGUCUCGUCUAUCUCUCCAGUUUUCUCUCUCUCCUGCAUACUGAUGACCAUGAAGUAUAGCCUAAUCUUCUCUGUCUACUUUCAAGUUCUGAAAUUUCUGUAUAAUUAUUCAGAGUGCACAGUAGUGAUUUCAAUCUGCUUUAUUCUCUUUUCUAAUUUAUCAGAUGUAACCCAGCAAGACAAAAAAAGACACUUACAAAAAUACGAGACAAGAUCAUAUUUUCUCAUCGAUAAGCUAUCUAUUUCUUUUACGAUAACCAUUAAAAAUUGAUAAAUAAAUAAAUAAUAAAUAAAUAAAAAAAACUGAUAAGAACAAACUUUCAGGGUUCCGCUAUCAAAGUCAAAAGGUAGAUUUACUCUUCCUCGGCCGAGGGUUCUUGCCGGUCAACCCGAUCAGAUGAAGUUAUAACACCGUUUUAUAAUGCUGCUUAUCUGCAAGUUGUCCUGUUUAUUUGAGUGGAUGGGUGUAGAUAGCGUUGGCUACAUUGUAGAUAAGAAGUGCAAAAAAGGCGAUGAUAAGGCUUCACUUAGAAGGGGACGAGAGAUCGCACCAUCGAGUCGUUUACCAUACCAUCGUUUAUUUAGUGGGAUAAGGAUAACGUGCUUCAAGCAAAAGCGGCGCCAUUAUUAAGAUAUAU